AUGAAUGAAUUUUUAAUCAUGAAUUCUUCAAUUAGUAUUGGUUCUCUCUUAUUGCAACACCCCUUAUAUCAAGCAACAGAAAAAUGCAUUGAUAGAGAAAUUACUGACACUUAUAAGUAUCUAGAUUUCUACUCCACAUGGAAUCUGUCCAUAUUAGAUUAUGAAACAAUCAUCCGGGAAUUAUUCAAAGUUGAUGAAAAUGAACUAAAAGCAUUCAUUCUGAGGAGAAAAUAUAGGUUGAAAUACAAUAGGUUGGUUUGUUCUCAAGAAAUCUUGAUGGAAAAUAACUCUGCAAAGAAAUUUUUACGCUUCAUUCUAGCGCUUCCCAUGCUUGAAUAUGAAAUCCAAAAAACCCGUCAGUCUACUAGCAGUGGUUCCCCAUCAUGCAAUAUGUUUGACAAGAGUCUUUCUAAAUUCAAAUAUAAUGGUGAUUGUUUUUCCAAAAUUGGUGACGACGAGAUAUUGAAUACAAUUAAUACUAUAAUAACAUCGUCAACUAUCGAGAAUCUAGUUGACGGCCUUCAGGGUUUUGCGUUUCACGAUUAUAAGUUGCUUAGUCAAAGAAACGACAGAGAACUUACCUACAGACUGGAAUUUAAGGAUUAUUUAGUGGAACCAAUAUGCACGUUAUUGGAUAUAACAUUUACAUUGGAUGCAGAAGUCAAAUAUGUUAUUGGUUCUCCAGGUAAUGUAAAAUAUCAUGUUUGGUCUGAUAUAUUGAUUGUAAGGGGCUUUGAUGUCUUUUGUGCAAUAGAGGUUAAGAAUUUCCCUAUACUAUCGAAUUACGACAGCGAAAGUACUGGAAUAACAGCAGAUAUUUUGAGCCAAAAUAAAAUUCCUGACUUUAUGAGGCAACUAAUUGUUCAGAUGGUAUAUUAUAAGACAAAUAUGGGAGUUCUCACAGAUGCAUAUGAUGCUAUUUUAGUGGAGAUAGAUCUUGAUUAUUUUGAUAAGUAUAGGCAAAAAUUUGUGCCUUCUAAAGGAGACAAAGUUAUACCACUCAGGUACAGAGUGUUAAAUUGUCUAUCUUCUGCACCUACGUUACGAGAAGGACUAAUGCACUUUUUCUUCAAGGCUAUUGUUGAUGACGAUGCUUUAAAACUUAAGCAGGAAAGAAUGCUAGUUUUUAAAAAAUAUUUGCGUAAUACGCCUAAAGAAUAUGAAGAGGAACUCCUGUCCGUGGGGUAUAGUAGUGACCCAACUGAAAGCUCAUUCGGCAGUCGCCCGAGCACAAGAGAAACAAAUAUAUCUGAACCUUUGGCUUCUGUCGUAGAAGAAGAAAUAGGAGAAGAACAACAAGUAGAUCUUGAUGAGACCGAGGAUGUAUACAUGCAAAAAGGGGAUGUUUAUAGUUCACAGAUAGUGAAGUUUGAUUCUUAUUACGUGAAAAAGUAUUUGCUUUGUCCAAUGGACGAUAAGCAGAAAUUGGUCGCAAAAAUAUAUGAUCCUAUAAUGGCGAACAGAGUCCAUGAUAAAUACAUAUCCAGCCGUGAAGAAGUGAUGGAACAAUGCCUCGAAAACUAUAAUUCUGAGAGGAGUUUUUGCGAGGUAUUAGCCAACGAUCCAGAAUUCAAUAGUUGUUACGUGCCCCAUAGAAGAGGAUACCUCAAAGUCACCGUUGACAAAUAUUAUCUAGCCCAGGGAAGAUUUAAUUUGUUCAAAUUUAUCGAUACCGUUCCUAUGCCACGAGAUAACGAAACGUACAUGAAGGCUAAAAAGCAAUUGGAAAUCAUACAUCGUAAUGGAAUCGUUCAUGGAGACAUACGGGAUGCUAAUAUCCUAUACACUAAGAACGGCAAAAUAUUCAUCAUUGAUUUUGCAAAUUCCGUUUUAGAAAAUGAGUCCACAGAUUACAUGAAUAAGAAAACAGAUUUGUCAGAAUUGGAAUUUAUUUUUAGGAAUAACAAGGGUGGUUUUGAGUGA